AUGUCAGAAAAACCUCUGUUUUCCUCCAAAAUAGAGGCAAAAGAGUUUUUAAUGCGGCUUUGUGAUCAAGAAAUUGUGGUUCACGUAACUGAUGGCCGCAAAUAUAUUGGUCGAUUUUGGUGCACAGAUAGAUCCGCCAACUUAGUUCUGGGCACUUGUAUCGAGUAUCCUGCUUCAGCUGAUGCAGUUUACGAAAAAUUAGAACGCAAUUUGACCGCGGUCGUCAUUCCCGGACAACAUAUCACUAAAAUCGAAUGCAGUCGCAGCUUGUUGUCAUCGGCAGCUUUGUAA